AUAUUCAAAGUCUCCCCCUUUGAAACAUCCAUCAAAUUUUUUCUUCUCCAUUUUGCCCCCUUUCUACAUCUCCCCAUCUUCGCUGCAUUUUUCCCAUUUUCAAUUCUCUCACGCCUUUUCUCCAAGAGGGAAGUCAAAAAAGCUUCAAUCUUGGCUUUCAAAUCACACCAAGAAGGGUUAUCGAGCUGGGUUUUAGAUUCCUCUUUAAAAAUUAAAUCUUUGUGGGAAUUCUCUCCCAUGGUUUCCAAGUGUUUUCAAGGUGUGUUGUGCUUGUUUUUAUUCUUCCAUAGCUUCUUACUAGCUAAUGGCGAUGGAAAUUCCAACUCAUCCACUUUCACAGCCAUGGAAAUCCCCACCUACACCGCCGCCGCCGCCGAUUGCUCCUUCUCCGACCAAAAAUCAGACAAAAUAUUGCUCGAAAACGACGUCAAAAUCGGCGACUUCAAUGUUAAACCAACCGUUAUGCUAAACAUGAAGCACCGCCGCGCCGGAGCUAAGCCGGUGGACUGCGUCGUGGAGUCGACGGCGAAGGAUUUCACCCGAAUUCAGACGUUCCAGGCGAGAAUAAUCGAAAAGAAGAGCCAAAACACCGCUUCAAGACUCAAGAUAGACGGCUCCAGCUCUGCUCCGCCGGAGAUUGUUGCCGGCGGAGGCGCUGCCGGAGGCCAGCUGGUGGCGACGCUGGAAUCCGGGGUGAGCCUCGGGUCCGGCGAGUAUUUCAUGGAUGUGUUCAUUGGUACACCUCCUAAACACUUCUAUUUGAUUCUUGACACUGGCUCUGAUCUCAACUGGAUCCAAUGUGUUCCUUGCUAUGAUUGUUUUGAGCAAAAGGGCCCUUAUUAUGAUCCAAAGGAGUCGAAUUCUUAUCGAAAUAUAAGUUGUGAUGAUCCCCUUUGCCAUUUGGUGUCCUCCCCUGAACCCCCUCAGGGGUGCAGGGGCGGGAGCCAGAGCUGCCCGUACUACUAUUGGUACGGUGACAGCUCCAACACGACGGGGGACUUUGCGUUGGAGACGUUCACGGUGAACAUGACUUCGUUCGACGGGACUUUGGAGUUCAGGAAGGUGGAGAAUGUGAUGUUCGGGUGCGGCCACUGGAAUAGGGGCUUGUUCCAUGGCGCGGCCGGCUUGCUAGGGUUAGGGAGGGGGCCUUUGUCGUUCGCGUCCCAGCUUCAGUCGUUGUAUGGACACUCAUUCUCGUAUUGUUUGGUUGAUCGGAAUAGCAAUGCUAGUGUUAGUAGCAAGCUCAUCUUCGGGGAGGACGAGAAGCUGCUUAGGCGUCCGGAGCUGAACUUUACCACCUUGAUCGGUGGGAUGGAGAAUCUGGUGGAUACGUUCUAUUAUGUGGGGAUUAGGUCGAUUGUGGUUGGAGGGGAGGUGUUGGGGAUCCCGAAGGAGACGUGGAGCCUCUUCCCGGAGGGGAAUGGUGGCACCAUCAUAGACUCGGGGACUACUCUCAGCUACUUUGCUGAGCCGGCCUAUAAGAUGAUCCGGGACGCGAUCAUGGAGAGGAUGAAAGGGUAUCCAGUUGUGGAGGACUUCCCCAUUCUUGAUCCAUGUUACAAUGUGUCUGGUGUCGAAGAAUCCUACUUGCCUUCUUUCGGGAUUGUGUUCGGGGAUGGGGCCGUGUGGAACUUUCCGAGUGAGAACUACUUCAUUAGGCUCGACCCUAGUGAUGUCGUGUGCCUCGCCAUCCUCGGGACCCCCAGGACGGGUUUAUCGAUAAUCGGGAACUACCAACAACAAAACUUCCAUAUCUUGUAUGAUACUAAGCAAUCUAGGCUUGGGUUUGCUCCAACUAAGUGUGCUGAGAUGUAGGAGAGUGUGUUGUUUUGUAUAGUUUUAGGUUGUUUUUGGUGGGACAAUGUAAACAUGAUGAGAUGGAGGGAUACAUAUGCCUAUAGGUGUCAUGAUGCAAGAAUUUGUCAUGAUGUUUUAGGCUUUUCAUAUCAUUCAUAUAUAAUUAUUAAUACUAUAUUAUUUCAAAUUU